AGAAAGCAUGAACUGGUGUUUUUACUUGACGUUUCCAUACUGUGAGAAUCACCCAAGCCAUUUACUACGUAAUUGUUUCCUCGGAAGCAUGAAGUCAAACAAGAUGUUGGUUCAGGUUGCUGUUAAACUAUGAGUGUAUUUGUGUAGAUACCAGUAGAGGUUUAGCCCAAAGAGGAGUGUUUUAAUGUGUGCAGUGAAGAUUCUUUGUUUUGAAAUGCUUCCAGAAACUGACUGGGGAGUUCUGUUGAUGUUACAGUAAAUCAUUAACAAACGAGCUCGUCUUUAAUAAUCACAACCCACCAGUACUGAUUCAACUUGCUGCCCACAGACUCGGCUACUUGCCUCUUUGCGAAGUCUCUUUCAUGUCUGCCCAAAAACUGCCUUAAGGUUGUUUCACUGAUACUAGCCUUCAUGUCCACCAGAGCGAGUCUCCUUGAGGCGACAGGGCAAGACUCAAACUGCAUAGCUGGAUAUUAUAAAGAUGCUAAAAAUCAUUCCUGCAAGCUAUGCCCAGAGGGCACAUACACAGACAGAAGCCAUUCUCUUACGUUCUGUCUUCGGUGCAGUAGUUGUGGUAGGGGGGGAGUUAAAAAACCAUGCACAGCUAGAAGCGAUGAGGUGUGCAUCUGCCCUUCUGGACACUAUUCGAAGGAUGGCGACUGCAAGAAAUGCUCCGAAAACAGUUCCAUCAACGACAUCAAUGAAGAUUAUUGUGAUAUGUGCCAGCUCUGCCAAAGCGGGCACUGUAUGAAGCACCCAGGAUGCAAGACAAGUCCCAUCUCAGCUCCAUCUGAAGUUCGAGCGGGGACAUUAGCUUCGACUGCCGGCCCGGCUUCACCGUCAGGAAGACCGACUCCUUCCACCACACUGAAAACGUCAAGUCCAACUAUCGAGAAAGUGCCAAGUCAUUCAGAUACACUCUUCUGGCUUUCUUUUGUGGGGAUUGUUACAUCUCUGUUGCUCUUUUGGUUCCUGCUGCUCUUCUGCAGGAACCUGCUCAGAAAGGAAGCUGUUCUUCCCUGCUGGAACAAACAAAAAAAACUGCAAAGACUUCCUCAGGAACCAAAAUUGGACGAACAACGUAGUCAUCACUGUAGCAGCCCAACCACACAGACAUUUACAGUUUUUGAGGAAACUCCCAUGAUGUCGCUCUGUCAGGAACCACCUGCUCACGUCGGCGGCCACGUGCGGCACAGUCUUCACACGGACGCAAGACGAUAUGAGCACUGUGACCGCUGGCCGGCCAUCGUGCUCUACGCGAUCAUCAAGGAAGUGCCUCUUCGCAGAUGGAAGGAGUUCCUCCGACUGCUGUCCGUGUCCGACCAGCAGAUGGAGCGCGUGGAGAUGGAGGCCGGUCUCGGGUCCAUGGAGAAGCAGUACCAGAUGCUGAGGCUGUGGAGCCAGCGCUCCUCGGCGAGCCUGAAUGAAGUUUACUCCUCUCUGCACCUCAUGGAGUUGUCGGGCUGCGUCCAGCAGCUGCAGGAGAACCUGGAGAGGCUGCAGUGGAGGUGCGAAGCGAAGCAGGCACUCACAGCCUGACGGGGCUACUGAAGGGAAGGGGCGGCUCCUGAGACUGCAGCUUUAAACGCAAAGAGUACAAAGCCGUCUGUGAUACAGGCGGGAUAGGAAAUAUCAAUUCUCAGUUUGUUCCUGGGUGUUCGUGAACACUGGCAACUAAAGUUUAACACCAACAGACUACUGCAACGACAUCAUGUAUUUCUUGAAUUGUGGAGGUGAAUACCAUCAUGGAGAGCAGUGUGAUUUCUUUAUAGGCUUGCCCACAACAUGUAUUUUUUGUGUUAUCUAACCGAAGAUAUACACUGUACACACUGGGUGUAGGUUUGAUCCAGGCCAGUCAGUCAGAGAUAACAAUUCUCAGAAGCACUUUCUGUUUCUUUAGGCGUGUUCUCCAUCCUAGUAACCCGUUGAGGGCAUUGAAAAAAAAAGUUAUAUAAACAAGGGUAAUGCCUCUCUGUCAACUGUUACCUUCUGUCUUGAAACCUCCAAGAAAACACCACUCUACCUCUUUUUCUCUCAUGUGGGCAUCGUUUAUAGUUCAACAGUAGAGAGUUGUGGUUUCACAGCGGUGCACUGACGUUUAAAUAUGAGUAAGACUCACAUCGUGUUUGCACUUCCUGUGUUCGUAUAGCUCCGGGAGUUGACCCUCCAGUUUUAUCUGUUUCCAUUCGACUAGUUAAAUAAAGACUACACUGAAUGGAGACUUUAAGUACAUCUGUGAUGCUUGAGCAGGCCAGCUGCCCAUGGUCUCCUUCAGCAUAAAAGUCUGACAGUACAACUCAGCCACUGAUUCUGAUUCUGGUUACUCACCUUUUCAAGAAGGAGACGACUGAAAUCCCCAAAGGACGUCAGAUUUUCAGUUUCCUGCAAGCAAAACGGUGUCAGUGUGCAGUAGGCUGGGUUUUUCCUCACCACACUUAUUCCAUUCAAAAUGAUAGUUUUGGCUUGUGGUGUUCAAGUAUCUCACUUUGAGAGUUUUUUUUUUUUGUAUGUGUCAGUUCAGUUCACUGACAGGAAAGGACUUGGACUUUCCAGUUUUUAGGAGGUUAAUAACAAGUAUUUGUGUUUGAUCUCAGAACCUAUAAUUUGUGUUGUAGAUAUUGCUUUUCUUAAUUUUAUGAAACUAUUUAUGAAUGUUAUCUUGAGUGUUUUUAUUUUUAUUUGAAUGCUCACUGAUCUUGUUGAUAGAUUUAUAAAACAAAGCGGUACUGUAAUAAACCAUGUGCACAUGGUUACGUGUGAUGUGUAAAGAAUAAAAAAAGCUGAAGCCAA